AUGAUGACAUCAUUGCACUGCUGCGCCGGGACGCAGGACCAUAAAGAUUGCGCUCCUGCUGACUGCGUCACCAUCCUGGACGCAGCACGUUGCUCCCUUAUUGACUGGUAUAACAAAUCUAAUUUGCAGGAUGAACUGAAGUCGCAAAAUAACAUAACCUCCAAUGCAAGAGAUGGGUCUGCAUUGUCUAAGGGGACACUGGAUAGUGGAGUGGGUCUUGAUGCUAAUGGUAGUGGCAGCCAUAUUCCAGGAACAGUGGCAGAAACAGUGUUUUCACCAAGAAGAGCGAUUGGUUUAAAUGAUGAUACAAGAGAAAGACAAACAUCCUCGGAUAUCCUGGAGGAGCUUAUGUCUCAAGGGAUAAUACAGAGCCAGAGUAAGGUGGUGAAGAAUGGAGAAGCCUAUGAUGUGAUGGUGGACACACCAGGAAAAUCAUUAGGAAGGCCUCCUGCAAAACUGGAAAAACUGAAAACUAUAAAGGAGAAAGACAAAAGCCUUACAAAGGAAGACAUUGACGCCAAAAUGAAGGCUGCAGAAGAAAGAAGAAAGACAAAGGAGGAGGAACUAAAAAAAAGACUGCGUGAAAGACCAACGACUGCCAGCAUAGCUCAAUUACGAAGGGAUGCCUCUUCAAUGGCUGAUGAUGGACAGGAGGAUGAAGACACAGCUCCAGCUGAAACCUUAGAUUCCGACGCUUUGGAAAAUGUAAUAAGUAGACCAACUCAGAGCGCUGCAGAUGAGGAUAAUGAAAUAAAUGCUGUGGAAUCUGACAAUACCUAUAAUAACCCAACGGAUAAGACCAAUGACAACGAAAAUGAUAUCUUCUAACACAGGGCUUACUUUAAAGUACAUGUUCUAAUGCUUAAAUGGUAUAGACACCUUCGUGGCAAUUUCUUAAU